UAAAUUUUGCGCACCCUACCUUAAACGUCAUUUUCAUUCGACACCGACGCCGGUUUCUAAGCUAACUGGAGCAGCUAAUAAGACGUUCAUUAUGUCGUUUCAAGAAAAUUGUCGAUUAUGCAAAACCAAUUUGAUGGUAAAAGGAGUGGUCUCAAACUCAAGAAAUCUCUUCACUCUAAACUCACUGGAAAACCCGUUGCACAAGCGGUUUCGAGAUAUUGGAGUCUUCUUACCCAAAAGAUAUGGGGUAUUCUCUCGCAAGAUUUGUGGCAAAUGUUACCGAAAGUUGGUCAGGGUGGAAACGGCUCUGAAAUUUUUGAAAAAAUGGCAAAAAACAGCAGAGACAGAAGCGACCGUAGAAAAGGAGUUACAGAGGGCGACACAGCAACGAUAUAUGGCACAGGACAAUGACGGCAGCGCAUCUAUAAUAUUUAGACAUGUGGCCUCCCAAACCGACCCUGCAGAGAAAAGAUCCAUUGGCACACAGCUGAAAAAUGUCAAAAAUAGAGGCACCCAGGCAAAAAUACCCAGCAGAGAUUGUGGCGUGUGCACCCUCACCUACCCCUUGGACAGUUCAGUACUGUUCCUGCAACCAACAAAAGUAAAGAGACCCUCCAAGAGACCUUCCAAGAGACCUCGACUCAGCCUUACAAACGGGGAGGAAGGCCCUUCAGAUAGCAGCUCGUUUAUGGUGGAUCAUGAGCCAGAGGAUUCGGUGUGACUCUGAGGACUCACUGUUGCGGGUUAGCAGCUAUGGCUUUGUAUCUUUUCUUUUUUUUUUUUUUUUUUUUACCUUUUUUGGAAAUCUCUUAAUGAAGAGGAGUAUGUGAAUGACAGAUUAGUUAAUGCAACGUUUGCAAGUGAUAGAAACAUAGAUUUUUAUGGUACAGAAAGUGUCAUAAAAUAAAGUUACCAUGCAACAAACUGUAAGCUCUGGGCUACUGACAUGGUGCUAUUCUACGGUAAUUAGGGGUUUAUGUAAUACUUUUUCUUCACUCCUUGUGCAGAUGUUACUUUACAGAUGGCCUUAAGUAAAUAAACAAUAAAUAUCCUCAAACAAAGAGAAGCAGAACUAUAAAAGCAGCCCUAAACAGCAGAACAGAAAAAAUCCCGCAGAGGUCCUACUACUUUCAAAGUGCCCUUAAGCAAGGCACCAAACCCUCACUGGAAAAUUGCAUGUUUGAUAAUGGAAGACUGUCAGUAUAUCCACACAGCACACGCUCAUCCUUUAACUAACUCUCAUUGUUGCUGCUUUGAAGCAGGAGUGGUGCCUUGCUGAAAUGUUCGCAUACUGCGUUUUGUUUUUCUGUUCCCCGUCUAUAAGUUAUAUCACAGCUUUUCUGUGUACAUUGCAGUUUCACUUCUUUAAAACCUAGACAGAAGAAGAGAAUGUUUGGACCACUAUUUUUUGUAGCAAAGCCACAAAGAAACAGACGCACCAUCAGCUUUUAAGUACAGCAUUGGUGAGAGCUCUUUUUUUUUUACCACCAGUAAUUCAGAAAAACAAAAAUUUGUCAUCCCCUAUACUGCUAAACUGGAAGUUUCAAUUCAGAUUCUUAAAGAAAUGCCACCAAAGUGAAUAUCUGCCCACACUUCCCUAAUCUAUACAGUUUCAUGUUGAAAGUUCAUCAAUGAGGAUGUGAUUCUGUGUACACAGCACUUUCACAAGAAAAGAGAGGGUAUUAAAACCAGAACCACAGAAAUAAAGAUGAGUUACUAAUUAUUUCAAGUGUAUCUGUUCA